AUGGAGAUGCUGGCGGCUUUCGGAGUUUGGGGGUCACCAGUGGCACACUGCUCCUGUAGUCAGCGCCACGUUCGCUCGCAGCCCUGAAGGCCUGCUGCUAGCCACCCCCACCCAUCUGUGACAGACCCAGAAGCGCCCCCACAAAGUCCCAGAUUUUGGUUGUCCUCAAAGCACCCGCCUUGGCGCUCGAUGGAUUUGAAGCCAGCUGCUUCUUGAGCGCCUUUAGAGCACUGGGUCUCAUUCUUUAGCAUCCCACUGAAGACUUGGUUCUCUCUCUCUGAAGACAGUUCCACCCUGGAAGCCCUUUGCCUAGAAGGCCGUGUGAAGUCAAGAUGCCUGUUGACCUAGGGCAGGCCCUGGGCCAGCUGCCUUCGCUGGCCAAAGCCAAGGCUGAAGACUCCAUGUUCUCUGGACCAGAUGCUGCCCCUCAAGGGGAGCUCUCCAGCCCUGAGACUGCACGCCAGCUUUUCAGACAGUUUCGCUACCAGGUGAUGUCUGGGCCCCAUGAGACCCUGAGACAACUUCGGAACCUCUGUUUCCAGUGGCUGCGGCCCGAGGUUCACACCAAGGAACAGAUCCUGGAGAUCCUCAUGCUGGAGCAGUUUCUGACCAUCCUCCCUGGGGAGAUCCAGAUGUGGGUGAGGAAACAGUGUCCAGGCAGUGGAGAAGAGGCAGUGACCCUUGUGGAGAGCUUGAAGGGAGAUCCUCAGAGACUGUGGCAAUGGAUCAGCAUCCAAGUUCUAGGACAAGAAGUCUUAUCAGAGAAGGAUGAUGCUCCACACUGCCAAGGGGGUGAAGUGGAGCCCCGGCUGGAGGUACGGGACCUGCCACUUCAGAAUUCACCCUCAGGGCCUGGGGAACUGCUAAGCCACAGUGUGAAAGAGGAAUCGGACAUGGAACCAGAAUUAGCUCUGGCUGCUUCCCAGCUUCCUGCCGAACCUGAGGAAAGGCCUGUGGGAGACCAAGACUUGGGAACAGCACUUCUCCCAGCAGCACCUCAGGAGCCAUGGAGACACCUGGAUUCAACUCAGAAGGAGCAAUACUGGGAUCUCAUGCUGGAGACCUAUGGAAAAAUGGUCUCAGGAGCAGGCAUUUCCAACUCCAAAUCUGACCUGAUUCAUCCAUUGGAAUAUGGGGAAGAGCUGGCAGGACUGCACCUUCACAUCAGUGAGAAGAUCCCAAGACUUGCCUGUGUAGGAGACAGACAAGAAAAUGACAAAGAGAAUCUAAAUUUGGAAAAUCACAAGGACCAGGAGCAUCUGGAUGUUUCCUGUCAGGCAUCAGGGGAGGCACCACCACAGACUGCCCUGAGGGAUUUCUUCAGUGAGGGUGAGCCAAGGUGCUUUGGAGGAGAGACACUCCCUGAGGCUCUGGAGAGCCUUCAGGGUGAGGGGACAGGGGCACAGCUCUUUCCUCAUGAAAGGAGCCCUGGGAAGCAGCUAGGUCAGCAUAUACCUAGUCCUCCUUCGGGAGAGCUGUCUGCCUUGUGGCUUGAGGAGAAGAGAGAGGCCUUUCAGAAGGGCCAGUCCAGAGCCCCCAUGGCCCAGAAACUGCCCACCUGCAGGGAGUGUGGGAAAACCUUCUAUAGGCACUCACAGCUUGUUUUCCACCAAAGAACUCAUACCGGAGAGACAUACUUUCAAUGCCCCAUUUGCAAAAAAGCCUUUCUACGAAGCUCAGACUUUGUGAAACAUCAGAGAACUCACACAGGAGAGAAGCCCUGUAAAUGUGAUUACUGUGGGAAAGGCUUUAGUGACUUCUCAGGAUUGCGACACCAUGAGAAAAUCCACACGGGAGAAAAACCCUAUAAAUGUCCCAUCUGUGAGAAGAGCUUCAUUCAGAGGUCAAACUUUAAUAGACAUCAAAGGGUUCACACAGGCGAGAAACCGUAUAAAUGUACCCACUGCGGCAAAAGUUUCAGUUGGAGCUCCAGCCUUGACAAACAUCAGAGAUCCCACUUGGGAAAGAAGGCCUGUUCAUAGUCACGCCCUCAACCAGCCUGUCCCCUGUCCAUUGAAGCCAUGCUCAGCUCGACCUGGAGGAAUGUGCUCCGAAAGGAUCCAGCUUCUUUUCAUGGGUUAGAGGGAGAGGAACUGGACACUUACUGUGGAUGUGGAAAGCAUAUUGGUUUCUGGGUUGAAUUUUAUGGUAGUUUUAGUUUCUUGCUUCUGAACCCGGAGGAAAAGUAGCCUAUGUUUCAGCUCAUCUUGUUUUGGACCCCUUGGGAAAGACACGUCACAGAAAUAAUGGUUUAAACAGUGCUCUGGAGAGAGUUUAACUGGAGUUGUGGGUAGAACCUUGAUUAGCUCUUUAGAAUUGGUGUUCUAGAGCAGAUGUGGAGGGCCUAUGAGCACAUGGAUUUUCUUUGUCAGGUGAAGAAAAUUAUGUUUUAAGUAUCCUUUUUUGUCUUUUUUCUUCUCUUUGUUUUUUUGUUUAAAUAGGGUCCCACUAUUUAACUCUGGCUAACCUGGAACUCUAUGUAGACCAGGGCUUUGAACUCACAGAGAUCUGCCUGCUUCUGCCUCCCAAGUGCUGGGAUUAAAGGUGUGUGCCACCACAUUUGGCUUAGUAAUCCUGUAUUUGAAAUAAAUGGAGCUGAGUUCAUCUCUA